AUGGUGUGUGCUGCUUUUGUCCAUGAGCGGGACACCAACAUGUCUAGGCAGAAGCAUUCUAGGUGCCUUUAUCAUCUUGCCAUUUGCCCUACUCCUCGAAAGCAUGGAGAACUUGCACCUCAAAUCCAAGGAGGGCAGUGCGAAGAUGGUGUGGUUGGUGCAUUGGUAUGUUUUGGAGGGGCUUUGUUGAUUAGCUUGUACAAUGGAAAGGAACUGCAUCUCUGGUCCCCAAUUAUAAAAGGAAUAAUUAUGAGAAGGGACAAACUUGCUUGGCAAGUGGGAUGGAACAUUCAACUAUUAACAAUUGUCUACUCGGCUGCACUUGGCACAGCAGCCAAGUAUUGGUUAAAUCUCUAUGCUGUGGAAAAGCGAGGCCCCGUUUUUCCACCAAUGUUCAACAACUUAUCAGUUGUCUUCACCAUGGUUCUUGGAACAUUAUUACUAGGAGAAAGCCUCACGGUUGGGAGCUUGCUGGGUAGUACAGUGGUUUUUAGUGGUUUAUAUAUGUAUCUCUAUGGAAAGGCCAAAGAACUACACAUGAAGACGACAUCAGGUUCAAGCAAUGAAAAGCUUCAUGUGCAACCUACACAACUCAAAGUGUGA